AACAAGUCUGAUAAUGCCAUCAAGCUUGUUACAAGUUGUUCACAGCUUGACCUGAGAAAUGUGGGCUCAACCACGCAGUCUAUUCUAUUAUUGAUACGACUAAACACUCGAUAUCUAUCUUUAUAUAUAGUGGGUGAGAGAGAAAAGGAACGCGCAGUGAACGACUCAAUUGAGAUGGGAGAAGAACAUCCUUUGAAAGACGCUGAAGUGUAAGUAACUUGGGAGCACACCACAUGAUGAAAAUUAAUGUGUAGAAAUUUACGAAAAAAUUAAGGGGAAAAAUUGAAUGAACAAUGGUGGUUAAACACAAAAUAAGAUUGACAAAGAUGUUGUCCGGAAAAAUAUCAAUACUAGUAUAGGUAAUAAUAGUAUGGUUUCGAAAAACAUGCACGAGUAAGUUUUUCAAAGACUAUCAAAAUUGAAGUCUUUGAAAAACUCACGAGUUUAUGUUUUUUUCAAAUCGCACGAGAAACCAUGCAUACUAUUAUUUAAUAAUCAUGUUUCGCUCGCUACUAUGGUUUAAAUAAAAAAUUACAAAGCCCAGUCGAAUUUUGAUCAAGACCCAACGUUUCGACACUCCAGUCUAGUGUCUUCAUCAGGGUGAAGACACUAGACCAGUGUCGAAACGUUGUCGAAACGUUGUCAGGGUCGAAGACCCUGAUGAAGACACUAUACUGGAGUGUCGAAACGUUGGCUCUUGAUUACAAUUCGACUGGGCUUUGUAAUCAUUUAUUUAAACCAGAGUAUCGAGCGAAACAUGAUUGAUAUACCUGGUUGCAGUGAACGAACAAACUUUAAAUAUUAUUUAUUAUUCAAAGCUCAUUAAUAAUUCAUGAGAAAAACACAAAGAAAAAUCAUAAGCGUGUCGAAUCUUUAUAUGUGAUAGAGAUUUACAUAAACUUUAACUUUGAUUUUCUCGACUUACACAACGAAUUUUUUGACUAACUUAAAUUACUUCGCCAAUAAACUUACUACAUCGAUCGUUUUUGAAGCAAUUUAAAACAUUCGCAGUGCGUGUUUUAUCAGACCUAAAGAUACUUGGCUUCGCCUCGUGUCUUUAUAUAUGACACUGCUGCUCAUGUUUUAAAUAUGCAUAAUAAUGUACAUGAAAAAAAUAUGCAGUCACGUACGUAUAAGUCACUUUUAGAAAUGAAGAAAUUAAGAAAAUCAAGAACUUUGAAAAAUAAGAAAUUAGGAAAAUUUAGAAAAUUAAGGAAUUUGCACUGUGUUUCUUUUUUGCACUGUAUUUUGAAAAAAAAAUGCACUGCUCUGAGCCAAUAUACCAGAAUUGAGAAAUUUUUCAUGUUUAUUAUUAUCAAUAUUAUUUAACAAUUAUUCGCCGAAGGCGACGUGAUUAUCGGGGAGUAUUCGCCGAGACGAAGUCGAGGUGAAUAUUCCCCGAUAAUCACCGAACCUGAGGCGAAUAAUUGUUUUAGUAUUUUUGUGUUUUUCUGGUCUGAAUUCAUUUUAAUUUCGCUUAUUUCUUUAUCACUAUAAACUUCAACAAAACGGCUAGCCGCCAUUUUGAAAAUUUCGAUUUUGUUAUAUUCACCUGCAGGUGAAUAUAACAGAUUAAUACGUCAAAUUUGACAAAUCACCUUGUAGGAUUUGUUAUGUUCACUUGUGCAAAAAUACUAAUUGAGCACCGGUGCUCUCCCCUUGACGAGUAAAAUCAUCUUGCGUCAGCCAGAGUAAAAUGAGAAAAUAUGACGCAUUAAGGUAUUAAAGUAAUACGAGCAACAAAAUUGCAGCAACUUGCAAUAAAAUCUGAUUUCAACGCAUGUUAAUUGGAAAUUUGUACUAAUGUUUUCUCGGGUGUUGGCAACUUGUGUGUGAACAUUUCAAUGGACCAUUCCCCAAUUAACCAAAAUUUUGAUCUCAACAAGUCUAGACAAAAUUCCAUCAUAGCAUGAAAGAGCAUCACAAAAUUAGUAAUAUUCCAAAGUUUCGUUGCGAAAUGUUGUAAAAUGCGGAUAAUAUAGCCUUGCGAAAUUUGCAAUUUUCAGUAAUUUUAGAUUACAAACGGGAAAUGGUUACCACUUUUCCAAAAUUUUGAUCUUAACUAGCGUAAACAAAAAUUUCAUCGCAGCUUGAAAGAGCAUCACAAAAUUAGUAAUACACCAAAGUUUCGUUGCAAAAUGUUGUAAAAUGCGGAUAAUAUAGCCUUGCAAAGUUUGUAAUUUUCAGUCAUUUUGUAUUACGCACAGAAGUGGUAACCAUUUCCCAUUUGUAAUCUAAAAUGACUGAAAAUUGCAAACUUCGCAAGACUAUAUUAUCCGCAUUUUACAACAUUUUGCAACGAAACUUUGGAAUAUUACUAAUUUUGUGAUGCUCUUUCAAGCUGUGGUGAAAUUUUUGUCUAGACUUGUUGAGUUCAAAAUUUUGGUUAAUUGGGGAAUGGUCCAUUCAACAUGCGUUGAAAUAAGAUUUCAUUGCAAGCAGCUGCAAUUUUGUUGCUAUAGUACUUCUUUAUACCUUUACGGCGCAAUGCAACCUAACGGUUUAAUAUUUCUUUCUAGUAAUGGUGACGAACCGUACGGCAAGACAUACGAUCCAAUCAAAGCAUCCAAAGACGACGUUCCAGAGGUGGCCACCUCUCCCCCGACCAGUAACGGAGGGGCAGUCAGCCGCGACAGUCUAGACGAGUACGACGGGUCUGAUGACGAUUUCUCUGAGCACGGCUCGUUUAUUGGCCAAUAUGGAAAAGGGGAAAAAACAAGCGCGUCGCAAUCAUCGCUGCCGUCUUACGUGUGAAAUAUGAAAACCUCCAAGUGGAAACACAAUGAGAAUUUAUAAGUAAAGAAGGCAUUGACAGGAGAAUAUUCCUCAGGUGAUGUUAGUUUUUGAAAAUAUGGAUCUAAGGUGGAAACAGCAUUAGGAUUCAUCUGUGAUGAAAAGAUAGAUGCUGUAUAACUAUUAUUAAGGUGAAAAUGUAUAGCCGUAGGUUUUGAGAUUGUGUUGCAGUAUCGCAUAGGUGUCAAUGGAAAACUGACAAGGAAGGGCUUUUCUUUUCCACAAAAGUGACGCAACUACCGUUGCUUUGGCAACAAUGACGUUUCAAUAUGGCGGAUAUUUUGGCUUUAAAGUAAUUUAACACCGAUGUGGGUGACCCCCAAAUUCUACUUCAUAAAAUUAUUUCUUUUAGUGUACUCAAUCAUUAACGAUAAUUUCUGUCGGGCCAAAAUUUUUCUGAAUUACAUAAAUGUGAUAUUCGUAAUAGACCCAUUGCACUGACGUCACAAAUCCGUAGAGUGUCCUCCAGAUGCUCCCUAACAAUAUCUGUUCGGGUACAACAACCACAUACAGCGUAAAAAUUAACCAUUUUAAUACAAAAUUAUUAUAAAGUUUUACAAAAUUUUCUUUGUUUACAAAAGUUAUAUUAUGCAUAGAUUGCUAAUUUGUUCUCCAGAUGCAUCGUCACCGGCGCUGUGACGUCAUGUGCAAUGGAUCUAUAGUCUUUUUUUUGGUUCGACAGAAUCUUUUUAAGUUGUCAAAAUAAUUGAGAAUACGUAUAGGUAUUAGUAUGGUUUAAAGUGCAAUUUGGAAAAACGUGAACGAGUGAGUUUUUCAAAGGCUAUCAAUUUGAAGUCUUUGAAAAACUCACGAGUGUAUUUUUUUUUCAAAUUGCGUAUACUAUUAUGAGAGAAAUCAUUUUAUCAAAUGAAAUUUGGGGGAUUACGACACAGAUGUACGGUUCUCGAGUUCAAUUGAAAUUACUUUAAAGCCAAAUGCCCAACAUUUCGAAACGUCAUUAUUGCCAUAGCAACGGCAGUUGCAUAACUUAUGUGAAAAAAUUCAAACCCUUUAGAUGUUGCUUUAUGUCAGUAAGAUGCUUUCUGUUUUUCAACAAGUAAAAAGUUUCCGAAAAUACGGACUUUCCGUUUCCUAAAAAACUGUAAUCUGUAAGUAUCCUGGUUCCAGAGACUCUUUGUGAGGCGAAAGAAACGAGAGGCGAGAAGGAAGAGCCUGACUGGUCACAUAGGUUGCAAAUCCCACUUCCACACUUGAUUAGGUUCAGAAUUUGAAUCUCGCAUGUGAUUGGCCAUUUGUAAAAAUAUGUCAAACCGGUUUGGGAAAUAAACAAGCUAAUUAUAGCUUUUAUAUAGCUAUAAUUAGCUUGCAGUGAUGUUGUUUUCCCAAACCGGUUUGACAUAUUUUUACAAAUGGCCAAUCACAUGCGAGAUUCAAAUUCUGAACCUAAUCAAGUGUGGAAGUGAGGGAUUUGCAACCGAUGUGACCAAAGGCUCAUCCUUCUCGCCUCUUGUUUCUCUCGCCUCGCAAAGAUUUCGCCCCGCAAAGAGCCUCUGGAACAAGGGUAAUCUGUAUGAGGAGCCCCCUUAAUAGAGUUCCAACAAUUCUUUUUUAGCACACCAAAUUUAAAAAUCUACUGAUAAAAUUGUCCUUUUAAAACCAUUUUGAAAACUGUAUCAAUUAUAUUUACUCUUAAAUAUUGAUCGAUUUCACCAGGCCUAUAGUGUCACUGUAUGAAUAGUGUACCGACAAGGUUUUAAUGAUUAUAGUUAACUUUUCAAUCACUAACAAUAGAAUGUCAUUAAUUAUGAUUUAGUUAUGCUAAUUAUAUGUGUAUAUUUAAUUACAUAUUAGUUAUAAAAUUUUAGGGCUAUUAAUUGACAAUAAUUU